AUGGAAAUCUUCAACUCCUCGUUCGGAAGUGCUCGACCAGGCCAGACACGCCUUUCAACCCAAGAGAAUGCUCUCCCACGGAACAAAAGCAGCAGGAACCUUGAGGUUUCUGCGUUCGACGAGUUUAGGAAUUUCCGCGAGGACCCAGAAAGGUCUAUGGUCGCCCUUAGACCAAUGUCUAACACGAUGAAGGACGGAUAUCAUCAUAUGACCACACCAGUGAUACACAAUACCAUCACAGAGUCAGAAUACCCCGCGGCCGAGCGUCCAGCAGCUUUGCAGCAGCCACGGCAGGGGAUCAAUUGGGAGGACGCCCAGAACAUCUGGACUCCGUCUACAAAGCACGAUAUGACGAUGCAUUUCGAGAUGGAAAUCGUGGAUGAUAUCGAAUCUAGAAUUGAAGAAUUCUCCAAGUUGAAAAGACUGGGUGACUUUCGUACGGCCGAGCAAUUCUAUCGUGAUUUUCUAGAGCCCCUGUCGGACACAUAUGUCAUUGCAAACGAGUACGCCGACAUGCUUAUUGAGCAAGGAGCGUAUGAGAAGCUAAACCAGUAUAUGAGAACGAAACAAGGGCUUUUUAAUAAAGCACCGGUCUUCAACUCCUACUAUCCAAGAUCGGAAGCGGAUAUUUUGAGGGCCAACCUGUUGCUCAUGGCUGCAUUAUCUGCCGCCAAAACACGCAAUGAAUUGAAAGAAGCAUACGAAAAAGUGAUAUCCAUGUACGCAAAUUUGCCAAAGGAGCUUGACACAAAUAUGUUGAGUUCUUCAGAACUCCAAAUAGCGCUAUCUGCGCUCAAGAUUUUAUCUCUAACUGGGCAUGAGACGAAUCUGCUUUACGAGCUCAAAAUAAAUAGCCUCUCCAAAUGUUGCUACAACAUGUACAAGAAGCUUGUGGUCCACGAUCGGAUAUGGGACGCAAGAGACAUGAUUGUUGGGAUGGUAGCCAUCAACGGGCCAACCCAUGCAUGGCGACGGAUCUUUGACGCUGAUAUCUAUUCGCGGGACGCAUUUUCCCGGAUUCUUGAGGAUUGGAACAUGCAGCAGUACGAUGAAUCAACAUAUCUGGCUAUUCUUGACGUUCUAAUCAGCGUGGCCAGAGCUUUGUGCUCCUUGGCUGCCUCCGAGCCCAAUGAAUCAGGUCUUCAGGCCGCAGAUCAGUGCUUGCAGUCUGCGCGUGGAAUUGCAGAUUGCCUGAAGGGGAAUAACCAGGACCUGAUGAAAUCUCGCUCUUACAUGCGCUUGGUGCUGGUUGAAGAGGAACUGCGAAGGAAAGUCGCAUCAGGUGACCCUCUCUGCAGUCACCUUGGCACAUUUCCAGGGCUGGCUGGUUGGACGGGUCUUACCCCAAUUUAUGUACCAUUGAAACAAGAAAACCCAAUGUGGUGUCCAGCGAAAGAUCAAGCCGGAAUUCAUUCCUCGACGAUGUUGGAAUCCACGCUCCAGGCUGCCCACGAGCAGGAGGAUUACGCGACAGAGGCCUUGUUACUUGGAGAAAUGAUAGUUCGUGCGUCAGAGGCGCCAAUAGAGCGAUACAAGCAGCUCAGCCACCUCCAAAAGAAUAUCCAGGGCGAUACGCUCGGGUAUCGACAGACUUGUCUGUCAAAGUUCCUGGUUGCGCAAACAGAUCACGCUCGGAAAGAGUUGCUAGAUGAGUUAAUAGUGUUGCGUACAAGCCUCGAGGCCGGUUUCAAGUUCUCACUUAGCGAUUGGUGUGCUUUCAGAAUUGAAAAGACUCUCUGUGACUCUUUGGGGAAUUCUUUUACAGACCUCCGAGCCGAUAGGGAACCGUCCUUCUCCUCACAUAUUCCACAAAGCAUCAAGGACACGAUAGUGAAUUUAGGCCUCGGUAAUAUUUAUGGCCUUGAAUUUAAACCCAAAUUUGGCGGGCGAGGUCGCCGAGUCUAUCCAGAAAGUCCAGAAAGUCCGGAAAGUGGCGAGCAUACUGAUUGGGACAGCUAUUCCUCCGGAUAUCCGUUGCUUGCGCCUCAUAUGCCUAAGGUGCCUCCGCCUCAUCUGGUACGUGAAGCUAGUAAUGUGAUCAUCCGGGAGCCAUCAAGCCAUGAUCGUCGACCAGUACGUUUCGCAGAACUGCACAGUGACGGCGAAACAUACCAACCUUUUCAAUCUCCUGACACCGCCAAUUCGAAGCCACAGGAACGUUCCCGUAGUGGACCACCUCAAGAAGAAGAAGAAGUUGAUGACAAUGAAGAAGAAGAAGAAGAAGAAGCAAUUUCACCGAAGUUACAAAACUCAGCGAAGAUAGUGACACUAGAAGAUCUUGGUCCUGACUAA